AUGGACCCUGCUACUAUUAUGAGGAAAGCUGAGGAAGAAUCCAACAUUUGGUUUGAGCUGAACUACCCUGACGCUAGCCCCACAGCUCCUACACAACCGUCUCGAGCUAUCAAACCAUCUUGGAAGGCACCAGCUGAUGACAUUUUAAAAUGUAACAUUGCUGCCUCCUGGUCUGAAUCUUCUCGCAAGAGUGGAGCCGCUUGGUUCGUAAGGGAUAGCAGAGGAAAAGUUUUAGUGCAUGGCAGGAGAUCAUAUUCCUUUGUGCAGACCAGAGAACAAGAAGAGCUCUUAGCAAUCUUUUGGGAAAUCGAGAGCAUGAAAUCCAUGCGUAAGGGUCAGGUCAUCUUUGAAUCCUCUUGCGAGCGCGCAAGAGCAUGUUUCCUAAGCCCAAAUUCAUGCCAUGGAGCCGUGGAACUUGUGGGGAAAAUCUGUGAUAUGGUACAAUGGUUUCAAUUUUGGUCUUUGGAUCACGUUCUGGAAGCUAGGAAUGUGUUAGCACAGAGAAUAGCCAAUAGUGUAAUCUCUGAACGCAGAUAUCAGUCCUACAUAGCUUUUGGUGGCCCUAACUGGUUGAAAGAUCUAAUUGCGUAUGAAGCAAGGAACGCUACUCCUUCUCCUUAA